GGCCCGCGGCCCCAGCCCCGAGCGUCCCCGAGACCCGCGGCGCACGGCGACAUGGCUGGCGGCCACCGCCUCCUGCUGGAAAACGCGCAGCAAGUGGUGCUGGUGUGCGCCCGCGGCGAGCGUUUCCUGGCGCGGGACGCGCUGCGCAGCCUGGCGGUGCUGGAGGGGGCCAGCCUGGUGGUCGGCUCGGAUGGGGUUAUAAAAGCCAUUGGUCCUGCCGAUGCUAUCAGAAGACAGUUUUCUGAUGCAACCUUUGAAGAAAGAAUUGACUGUUCUGGGAAAUGCAUCUUGCCAGGGUUGGUGGACGCACACACACAUCCAGUAUGGGCUGGCGAAAGAGUUCACGAAUUUGCAAUGAAGUUGGCAGGAGCCACGUACAUGGAGAUCCACCAGGCUGGCGGUGGCAUCAACUUCACGGUGGAGCGCACGCGGCAGGCGUCGGAGGAGGAGCUGUUCCGCACCUUUCAGCAGCGGCUGGGGUGCAUGCUGAGCGCCGGCACCACGCUGGUGGAGUGCAAGAGCGGCUACGGCCUCAACCUGGACACCGAGCUCAAGAUGCUGCGCGUGAUUGAGCGCGCCCGGCGCCAGUUGGACAUCGGCAUCUCGGCCACCUACUGCGGGGCGCACUCGGUGCCAAAAGGAAAAACUGCCACGGAAGCUGCUGAUGACAUAGUCCAUAACCACCUUCCAAAGCUGAAGGAACUUAGCCGGAAAGGGGAGCUACACGUGGACAAUAUAGACGUGUUCUGUGAGAAGGGCGUCUUUGAUCUCGACUCCACUAGGCGGAUUCUUCAAACUGGAAAAGACAUGGGACUGCAGAUCAAUUUCCAUGGGGAUGAACUCCACCCGAUGAAGGCUGCUGAGCUCGGGGCUGAACUGGGUGCUCAGGCCAUAAGUCAUCUGGAAGAAGUGAGUGACGAAGGCAUCGCUGCUAUGGCAAGAGCUCGGUGCUCCGCCGUCCUUCUGCCCACUACGGCCUACAUGCUGAGACUCACUCAACCUCGGGCCAGAAAGAUGUUGGAUGAAGGUGUAAUCGUGGCUCUGGGCAGUGAUUUCAACCCUAAUGCUUAUUGCUUUUCAAUGCCCAUGGUGAUGCAUCUGGCCUGUGUGAACAUGAAAAUGUCCAUGCCUGAAGCCUUGGCUGCUGCCACCAUUAAUGCAGCUUAUGCUCUGGGAAAAUCGCACACACAUGGAUCUCUGGAAGUUGGCAAGCAGGGAGAUGUCAUUAUCAUCAAUGCAUCCAGAUGGGAGCAUCUGAUUUACCAGUUUGGAGGCCAUCACCAAUUAAUUGAAUAUGUUAUAAUUAAAGGAAAAAUCACUUAUAAAAAGUAAUCAAGAUAUGAAAGAGAAGACCCUUUGACUACAUAAAAGUUAUAUUAAAAAUGAAAAUAGCUUAGUAGUUUCUCAGAAUGAUGUCAUCCAUACACAAAUAUUUCAGUGUUUUAUUAAUCUGCUUAAAAAACUAAGUGCACUUGGAUAUGUAAAUUGAUAAAACAGUUGUGAUACAAUUCUCCAAAUAUUAAAAUUUUCCACAAAUAUUUGAUACAAAUGUUCUGAAGAUGACUAUGAUGGGGCAGUACUAAAGGACAUUGUUGAAGAAAGCAGAUUGACAAUUAGAUGUGGCUUAAAGUUUCAAUUUAUUGCUGCUUUUCAAAAACUAUUGAAAGCAUUUUAGUAAAAUUUUAGUAAAAAUUGAGGGAGGGGCCAUCCAAGUGAUAGGCCACCAAGAAAGCUACCAUGUAGUUUCUGUAUAAAGAAACUAGCUUUUCCUUCCCCAAGUUUGGCUUUUUUGACGUUCUUUGAAUGCAUGAAGUAGCUGGAAUAGAGCAUGUCCCACUUCCAACUGUCCUUUGUCCUGACCAAAGAGGUCACUGCAGUGUCCCAGCUCUCGCCAUUUCAGCCAGGGGCUGUGGGCACUUUCUGUAUGUAAGUAUUCCAAAUACAGGGACAUCUUUUUCUUUUUUUCUUUUAAAAGAAAGUGGUUUGCUUCUGAUUCCCUGUAAGUAUACGAAUAAGCCCACUUUAUAGCUCUUGGUAAAUAUUUGCUUUCUGUAUUAUUGUUGCCCCUUAGCCCAGGGAGUGGCACUACAUCUACUGGACCAUUUGAGCAAAUAGAUAAAUAGCAGAAUUACUUAUAAAGGAAGAAUGACUGGAGGCCAGGGAUGCGAUUCAGAGGCAGAUGCGUGAUAUGCAGAAGCCUCUGGGUUUCAUCCCAGUACCCCCCAAAAAGGAGUGAAUGCUUGUUUACAUAAAUUCUCAUUUCUA